ACCUGUCGUCUCGAUUCGGAAACGAGUUGUGAAAAUUUCGUUUUUUUUGUGAUGAGUUAUGAUGAUGAUACCAAAAGUUCAACAUAUGGGUUCGGGGUCACAUUAGAGACAUAAUGGGGGUCAACGGAGUUCAACAUUUGACGAUUUCAACAUCGGCGUUUAGCCAAGCAUCGACAUACAGUUCCGUGGGCGUGGGGUUCUGGUUUUUGCAUUUCUUUUUUAUGUUUUUGGGAAAAGAGCAUGACGCGGGUGGUCGGUGGUGGGCUAUUUUUGCCGAUGUUCUGAUAUAUUUCAACAACGUGGUGUAAAGCACAUUCGAGGAAUCAAACUGUAUACCUCAACACUUUAUUUUUCCUCCUCAGUCCUCGUAUUCGUUCCAACGUAAGGAACAAGUGUAGAGAUUAUCAAGCGUAUCAUGCUAUGCAAGCCAAAGUAAGCAGGUAAUACAAUCAAGCAAGGCAUACAUAGAUACAUAUAGCUAUAUACUAUACAACACCCCGGGUAUUUAUUUACAUAUAGAACAUGAUUUUAUAACC